AUGGACCAGGCCGUGGGCGACCUGAAGCAGGCGCUGCCCUGCGUGCCCGAGACGCCGUCCGUCCAUGUGGAGGUGCACCAGCGGAGAGGCAGCACGGCAAAAAAAGAAGAUAUAAAGCUGAGUGUUAGAAAGCUACUUAACAGACAUAAUAUUGUGUUUGGUGAUUACACGUGGACUGAGUUUGAUGAUCCUUUUCUGACCAGAAAUGUGCAGUCUGUGUCUAUUGUUGACACAGAAUUAAAGGUUAAAGACCCACAGCCCAUCGAUUUGAGUGUAUGCACUAUUGCACUUCACAUCUUCCACCUAAAUGAAGAUGGCCCCACCAGUGAAAAUUUGGAAGAAGAGACAGAAAAUAUAAUUGCAGCAAAUCAUUGGGUUCUGCCCGCAGCUGAAUUCCAUGGGCUGUGGGACAGCCUGGUGUAUGAUGUGGAAGUCAAAUCUCAUCUCCUCGAUUAUGUGAUGACAGCGUUACUGUUUUCAGACAGGAAUGUUGACAGCAAUCUCAUCACCUGGAACCGGGUGGUGCUGCUUCACGGUCCUCCAGGAACUGGAAAAACAUCCCUGUGUAGAGCGUUGGCCCAGAAAUUGACCAUUCGACUUUCAAGCAGGUACCGGUAUGGCCAACUAAUUGAAAUAAAUAGCCACAGCCUCUUUUCUAAGUGGUUUUCAGAAAGUGGCAAGCUAGUAACUAAAAUGUUCCAGAAGAUCCAGGAUCUGAUUGAUGACAAGGAUGCUCUGGUGUUCGUCCUGAUUGAUGAGGUAGAGAGCCUCACAGCUUCCCGCAAUGCCUGCAGGGCAGGCACCGAGCCUUCAGAUGCCAUCCGUGUGGUCAACGCUGUCUUGACCCAAAUCGAUCAGAUUAAAAGGCACUCCAACGUGGUAAUACUAACCACCUCCAAUAUCACGGAGAGGAUCGACGUGGCCUUCGUGGACAGGGCUGACAUCAGGCAGUAUAUCGGGCCCCCCUCUGCCGCAGCCAUCUUCAAAAUCUACCUCUCCUGUUUGGAAGAACUGAUGAAGUGUCAGAUCAUAUACCCUCGCCAGCAGCUGCUGACCCUCCGAGAGCUGGAGAUGAUUGGCUUCAUUGAAAACAACGUAUCAAAGUUGAGCCUCCUUUUGAGUGAAAUUUCAAGGAAGAGCGAGGGCCUCAGCGGCCGUGUCUUAAGAAAACUCCCUUUUCUGGCUCAUGCACUGUACAUUCAGGCUCCCACCGUCACCAUCGAGGGCUUCCUCCAGGCCCUGUCUCUGGCGGUGGACAAGCAGUUUGAAGAGAGAGAGAAGCUUUCCUCUUGUGAUUGA